AUGCCAGACCUGGGUACAUCCAAACACCGCUCAUCCCGCGCUUGCACGGCCUGUCGGGCCAAGCAUGUUCGAUGCGACGCGGCUCUACCCCAAUGCACUCGGUGCCUCAAGGAGGACAAAGACUGUGUAUAUGUCAAGUCGCGACGGGGAGGUGGUCGUCGGGUCUUGAGCACGCUUACUCCGACGAUGAAUGGGGCGAAAAUAGAUCACGGAUCGCUUACGUCGAUACUGCCAAUCUUAACUCAGGCGGAGCCCAGGGAAAUGAACUCAGGCGUCGAUCUGACUACCCCAGUAGCGGAUUGGAGCGAUCCUGUGGAUGACCAGCUACUCUCAUUGUAUUAUCGGUACUUUCAUAAUGCGCAUCCAUGCGCAGUACCUCGAUUUUCAAUCCAGCGUUAUGCGGACAGCGACCGCCAGGCAAUACAGCCACUUUAUGCGGUGAUGAAGUACAUCGGCUCCCUGCAUAACGCAUUAAUCCCAUCAUCGCAAUUGAAAGAUCAUGUUGAGGCAGAACUGGCUGUCGUACGGAGUACCAACUGUGUAGUCUCACCGUUCGCAGUGCAGGCGGUACUUCUCUACUCUAUUGCAGUUUAUUGGUGUGACGAAACGAGAAAAGGCCUGGAGCUGCUUGAGGAAGCCAUCCGGAUGGCCCUCGAUCUUGGAAUGAAUCGAUCUGACUUUCCCAUGCAGCACGGGAGGAACGACCCGAUCCUCGAGGAAAGCUGGCGACGGACUUGGUGGCAAAUUUAUAUUACUGAUGCGCAUAUUGCUGGAAGCACACACACGUAUCCCUUCCGGACGACUGGGAUACCUAUGGAUGUUCAUUUGCCCUGCGAGGAGGAAGAGUAUGAAUCCGGGAAUAUUCCAAACCCACGAACGCUGGAAGAGUACGAUAUGCGAGAGUUUGCUGGUGAUGAACGCGAGUUCUCUUCGUUUGCUGAGAUGGUGGGAUUGACUCGAAGCUUGGACUUGGCUCUCGCCUCGAGAAAAGACCUGGAUAUGAAGAACAUCACUACCGUCUGUGCUAACGUCGAUGUGAUCCACGUCUCAUGGACGUCACUUUUGCCGCCGUCAAAGAAGUCUGUUCUUAGACCCGACGGCUCCCUGGAUGAGAUUCUGUUCAAGGCACAUGCUAUUAUUCACACAUGGAUUGUCGACCUUCACCGGCAAUUGUCAAACCUGGCCUAUAGUGCCAUCGAGGGUGUGUCAUAUUGUUGCCCGCAGGCGCCACCAGAGAGUCUCCUCCAGAGUAACCCGCCUGAAAGUGAUCUUCAUACGAGGAGAGUUCUCCACUCCAUCGAGCGGUUCGAGUCCCUGUUGACCCUCCCAACAAACAUCGUCAGCCACACUCCGUUCAUUAUCUGCAUGAUUGCCGUUGUGGCCAUCGCCCACCUUUCCGCCUGCCGCUAUGUCUUCAAGGGACAGGACUUGCGAUUGAAUCGAGAGCGGAUCAGGGUGACUAUGGGAACACUCAAGGCAAUGGGAGAACACUGGUCUCUUGGCAAACGGACGUACCAGGAAAUUAGUGUGAUUGCACGAGAGAUAUUGUCACUGGAUCGACCGUUGCCCUCUCCGUCUGCGUCGCGAGAACUACAGCAUACCACAACGGGUGUAUCCGAAGUAAUGAUGGACAUUUCUGCAUUUGCAUCGGAUGUGUCUGUUGAGCCGUUGGACUUUUGCGAUUUGUUUGACAUUGACUAUCAUGAGGCGACUAUUCGGGACACCCUGGCUCAUGAUCUGGUCGUAGCUGAGUGCUGUAUCUAA